AUGUUUGGUCUCGCCAUGGUCUCAAAACUUGCUGCAGACAUUCCUUGUCAACAACCCGCGCCAUCAGUGUCUGCUCCGAGUCGCCCAGACGAGAGAUUCAUUGCAAUGGACAGUGAGGGGCGCAGCAGUUCUUCCGCGGACACUGACCGCGAGACGCUUCUCCGCGGAAAUGGUUUUCCCGACUACACGGCUGCAGAUGGCAACAGACACAAGCACCGCUGUCACCAUCCACCCAAACUACCGAGGAAGCCGAUCAGCACAAAAGACUGGCCGCCGAAACAGCGAAAGCUUUGGCCCAUGAGCGGGUACAAACAUGGGACCGAAUCCAUUGAAGCCCUGGAGCACAGCAUGGUACUGCAGCAACAUCUCCACCGUCUCCAGGAGCAGUUCAACGAGGAAAAAGAAGAGGUGAGACGCUUGGCCGAUGAGAACGACAGGAUCAAGCGCGCAGCCGACAAGCUUCAAAUCUCCAUGAACAAAAAGGACGUCAUCUUUGCCGAUCAACCGCCCGACGACUACAUCCUGGGAAGAGUGUUCGGCCUCUUGGGCCAGAUCAAGGGUUGGUCCACUCAUUUCCUGAGGGCCGGCAGUGUCGGUCCAGCUGCGUUGAAAGAGGCAGAUCUCGAGCACUAUCGUGCCGUGUUUCCUGGGGCGAGAAAUCUUGACGCACUACAGCAACAGUUCCAGGACAAGAAGCGCCGACGAUUGUUCGUACGUGGGUGGACCGCGUACGCCAUGUGUGAUGCGGUCUUCUCUACACCUCGCGACGACCGGCUGAACGAUGACUCUGCUGUCGAAAGAAUGUUUGCGUUGGAGAGCAUGAUGCGUUCGAUGGAUGUGCCUCCAGGAAAGGUCAACGACUGGAGAGCUCUCAGCUUCCAACUGCUACCCGAACCAGAAUGUGGGAGUGAGACGGGAAGAUCAGCUCCUCAAUGGUUGCAGGAGGAAUGCAAAAGGGUGUUUUCAGUCAUUGCACCAUGGGUCAAAUCUGGCAAGGCGCUUCCUGAAGUCGAGGAUCAGCUUCUUUGCAUUUUCCAACAAGCACUGAGUAUCUCUGCUUUACUCCGACGACAGCGCGCAUGCUGGACUCUUGGCUUCCCUGGCAUCCAGCAGGCAAGGACGGCAGACCUCCUUCUCUUUGACAGCGCCUACAUGAAGGUUGAGGAUCGUGAAGCAUCAAAGACACUGGAGACAGUGGAAGUCGUCGUCACUCCUGCAGUCUACAAGCAAGGGAACGCGGAAGGGGAGUUUUUCAACGUCAUCACUUGUCUGGACAAAGCAGCGGUGGUUCUGUCUCCCACUCCUAUUUCACAAAUAUAG